AUGGUUCUCGUAACAUCAACAGGUCAAUCCCCCACUAGAAUAAUAUUUGGGAUCUACAAUCGUUUAACAGAAAUCGAUAAUCUUCCAACAGAGGAUAAGGUGUUAUUGAAUUCAUUACAGAGCGACAACCACCUCGUUGUCGUCGUCUAUGUUCUUUACUACUGCACCACCAUACUCUACACUCCAUUCGGUUCCGACGCACACGCUUUCACUCUCGAUCAUUCCACCGAAGACUUUGUUCUUACACACCCAGACGUCAAAAUCCCUCGUCGUGGUCAGAUCUAUUCUGGAAACGAUUCUUGA